CAGCUGGAACAUCGCAGAGUAAAGAAUUCUCCCUCUCUCUCUGCUCACAUUGACCAUAUUCUCAGAGGAUAGACUCUGAACUCUCUUCUUUCCCUGAGGACAUCUAUGUAGGACUGACUACACAAGUGCACCUCUUAAAGUUCUAUUCUAGAAAUCCACUUAGCAGACCUCUGGACAUAUACACAGAAUGAGCGAACGGGAGGUGACCUACUCAGAACUGAAAUUUCACACUCCUACUCAACAGCAAAGCAGACAGAGAGCUGAGAUCACCAAGAACAAAGAUUCUCCUUCUCCUCUGUGGAGGCCCUUUGCAGUAAUCUUUGGAAUCCUCUGCCUGGCUUUGCUGAUAACAUCAGGGGUCUUGGGUGCUCUGGUUUGCAGAUGGCAGCAAAACUUCAGCCAGCAGCAGGGAAUUCUGGAAAAUCUUACCUGCCAGCAAAUUAUCUUGGAAAACGAAACUCGUGAGCUACAGGAAAUCCUAGAAAACCUCACAAGGGAGAGAGAUCAUCUUCAAACCCAGAAUAUUAAUUUCUUGAAGACUUUGCAGUCAAAAGGAGACAAGUGCAUCUUUUGUCCAAAGAACUGGAUACAGCAUGGGAAGGACUGUUAUGAACUUUCAUCUGGAAUAAAAUCUUGGUCUGUGUGUAAAGAAUAUUGCUCUUCCCUGGGCUCCAGACUGCUGAAGAUAGACAGCAAGGAAGAGCUGGACUUCAUAAAACCACUGACAGGGUCUCCUUACUGGAUGGGAUUAUGGUAUAAUGACACAAAAGGCUACUGGCAAUGGGAAGAUGGUACUGCACUCACCACUGAUGUGUUUUCAAGUCUGAGAAGUUACCAUGGUCCAUAUUGUGCAACACUGAAAAAUGGAAAAGCCUGGGGCUAUUCUUGUGAAAACCUAAACUUCUGUAUGUGUGAAAAGGGUCUGUUUAGCUAAAGUCUUCUGUAAUGGCACAAGAAUGAACAUAGAAAGUAUGAGGUCCUAUUUUGGAGGAUCCAGUUACUACUGUUGCCUGUAUUUAUAAGGCUCCAUCUUGUAUGGUGCUGAGUAUGGAACCCAAUUUAAGUCAUCCAACUCCGACAUAAGUUAUUUAAGUUUUGAGCAUUGUGGUCCUGUUUCAGCAGAGCACAAAACAGAACAGGGUCCCUACUAAGCUGUUAAAAUUCUCUGCUGUGCUCACAGAAAGUGCUUGUAAGCUAUUAUAGAAGGAGAUGGCUCCUCUUUCAGUAGGAGGAACAAUAAUCACACUCCAUUUCACCAACCAGCCUCCUGUUCUUGGCCUUUGCUGCUGCUACUGUUCAUCUGUUCCAAAAUCCAGACCAGCCUGCAGAAUGUGACCCUGCUGUAGAGUCAGCUUGAGGCUACUGUCCCCAGGAUUCACCCGUCUCACAUGGAGAACUCUUCUAUCUCCUGUUGCCAAGAUAUCAUUUUUUAUACAAAAACUUUUUUUUUUGCUUCUAAUUGUGUUUUUUUCUUGUCCUGUGCCAAGAAUAUUUUUUUUUACCUAUGAUGUCCAUAUUUGAUGACUUACUAUUAAACAACUGACACAAUUUUCUAAUUCUUUGGUAAUUACUACUUUGGCUUUGAGAGGUCUUCUUUAACUCCAUGUCCCCUAUAUCAUUAUGCCACCGAAUAACAAUCAGAAAGGAAAC